GGAAGUCUCGAUAAAGGAAUACAAGACGGUAGAACUGCUCGCUUUUGUCGAUUUCAGGUCAAUCUCUUCCGGGUUAUCUUGCUUUCAAGAUACGUUUCCGGUUGGGCGUCAGGAUUCGGGGUAGCAUCGUGUUCUGCGGAGGUUGCCACCAUGGCUCGAAAUGCAGAAAAGGCCAUGACUGCUUUGGCAAGGUUUCGCCAAGCUCAGCUAGAAGAAGGAAAAGUUAAGGAACGAAGACCUUUCCUUGCAUCAGAAUGUAAUGAGUUGCCCAAAGCUGAGAAAUGGAGGCGACAGAUUAUUGGUGAAAUUUCCAAGAAGGUGGCCCAAAUUCAAAAUGCUGGUUUAGGUGAAUUCAGAAUUCGUGACUUGAAUGAUGAAAUUAACAAACUCCUAAGAGAAAAGGGGCACUGGGAGGUCCGUAUAAAGGAGCUGGGAGGACCUGAUUAUGCAAGAAUUGGCCCUAAAAUGCUUGACCAUGAAGGAAAAGAAGUCCCAGGAAACAGGGGUUAUAAAUACUUUGGGGCAGCUAAAGACCUACCAGGCGUUAGAGAGCUUUUUGAAAAAGAGCCCCUUCCUCCUCCAAGGAAAACACGAGCUGAACUCAUGAAAGCUAUUGAUGCAGAAUAUUAUGGCUACAGAGAUGAAGAUGAUGGUGUCCUGGAACCACUGGAACAGGAGCAUGAAAAAAAAGUUAUUGCAGAAGCAGUGGAAAGGUGGAAAGUGGAGAGAGAGGCAUGUCUUGCAAGAGGUGACAAGGAAGAGGAGGAGGAGGAAGAAAACAUCUAUGCAGUAAAUGAUGAGUCUGAUGAAGAAAAUGGAACGAAAAAAGAUGGUGAGGAUAGUCAGCAGAAGUUUAUUGCUCAUGUUCCAGUACCAUCGCAACAGGAGAUUGAGGAAGCUCUUGUCCGAAGAAAGAAGAUGGAACUUCUUCAAAAAUAUGCUAGUGAAGCUCUUCUGGCUCAAAGUGAAGAGGCUAAAAGACUUCUAGGACUAUAGUGAUCACCAGUUCUAUUUUUAUGAUCUAUCUUAAAGCCACAGAUAAGACCCUGGGAGUAUCUUCGUUCUACAGAGAUAAGUCUUUGCAGAUUCUAAAAUGAAAGAGAAUAUCUUUUCCAAAAUAUAUUUUAUUACACAUAUAUUUUAUUUUCACUCUAUCCUAAUUCAUGAAAGUUUAUUCAUGUUCAGCUUCCACCUUCAAGCUCUAAAUAGCUAACCUGCCUUGAAUUUGUCUUUGUCUACCUAUUUUCCUCUUUGUUUUUUUUUAUUUUACCAUAGUAACAACUGUUAAAUUAGAAACAUUUUGUAUGAUUCUUCACUUUCAGUAGACUAUUAAGUUGCUCUUAGAAGAUCUGUUAUAUUUAAUUUAGCUUAUCAUGUGUAAAUUUGUAAUGGAAUUGGAAGGCUUUUCUAAAUCUGCUGAACAGUAUUGAAUUUUGAGUUUGCAAGAGAAAUGAAAUGUUCUAUAUAGUUAAUACAGAACUAAGUAUUGUGCUACUGGAGUAAAUACUCACUUGGCUGGGUUUUUGAAAUGCUGAAUAUUUCAGCAAAUAUCAUUGUAAAUACUGUUUAUAAAAUCCCUCAUUUUUUUCAGUAAAACUUUA